UUCGUUGGUGAGAGUUACUUGUUUUUCGUCACCUUCUACCUCAACAUUUUUGUCACACGAAAGGAACAUGUACCAUUAUGUUUUUUUAAUUUUUGUUGUUGUUGAUAUUAAGAAUGUACCACUAUGUUAGAUAACCAACAUAUCAUUGGUCGUAUGAGCUUUGGUUGCUAGAUUUACCAACUACAAAAGAAACCAAAUUUUAAUAAAGGAAAAAUAAAAGAAGGGUGUUUAGCCAUAUAUUUGCAAUAAUGAACGAUUUGUUCUCAAAUUCCUUCAAAAAGUACACUGAUUUAAAGGAACAAGCUUACAUUGAUGAUGUUGAAUCAGGGAAUAAAGAAAGUGUGAAUCUGGACAAAUUCUUCGAAGACGUGGAGAAUGUAAAAGAAGAUAUGAAAACGGUGGAGAAACUUUAUAAAAAUUUACAAGAAGCAAAUGAAGAAAGUAAAACGGUUCACAAUGCUAAAACCAUGAAAGAACUUCGAUCUCGAAUGGACAAAGAUGUAGAACAAGUACUGAAACGUGUGAAAUUCAUUAAAGGAAAACUAGAAGCUUUGGAUCGUUCCAAUGUAGCUAAUAGAAACAUUGCAGGGUGUGGUCCAGGUUCAUCAGCAGAUAGAACUAGAACUUCAGUGGUUAGUGGUUUAGGUAAGAAAUUGAAAGAUAUGAUGGAUGAUUUUCAAGGGUUGAGAGCAAGAAUGCAAUUUGAGUAUAAAGAAACAAUUGAACGUAGAUAUUUUACAAUAACAGGGGAGAAAGCAGAUGAAGAAACUAUAGAGAAUUUGAUAUCAAGUGGUGAAAGUGAAAGUUUUUUGCAAAAAGCAAUUCAAGAACAAGGGAGGGGUCAAAUUAUGGAUACAAUAUCUGAAAUUCAAGAAAGACAUGAUGCUGUUAAGGAAAUAGAGAAGAAUUUGAUUGAGUUGCAUCAAGUGUUUUUAGAUAUGGCAGCUUUGGUUGACUCUCAAGGACAACAACUUAAUAACAUAGAGAGUCAUGUUGCACAUGCUAGUUCUUUUGUCAGAAGAGGGACAGAUCAACUUGAAGAUGCUAAAGUGUAUCAAAAGAGUUCUAGGAAGUGGACAUGUUAUGCAAUACUUCUUUGUAUUGUUCUUGUAGUUGUCAUUCUCUUUCCUCUCUUGAUAUCAUUUUUACCUCAAUUCUUUAGAUGAAGGAAUGAGACAGAAUAACAAUCGAAUAUGACUCAUAUGCUUUUAAUUAAUUUUGUGAUGUGAUAGUUGA